AUGAUAUUUAUAUUAAUCUUCUUGUUGGUUAUUUGCCAACAAGAAGGAAGAAAUGCUGAAAUAAAUCCAUCGGAAACAAUAAUUUGGGGUCCAGGAUUGAGGCCAGAUAAAGUGACAAUGCGAGCAAGAUAUAUUUUUCUACAGUUUAUCGACCUACAAGGCAAAAAUUUAACAGAAUCACCUGGAAAAGAUAUAAUAACUGUAUCCAUACAAGGGCAAACUUCAACAGGUCACAUGUGUCAUAUAUGGACACAAAUUCUAGACUGUAAAGACGGAAGUUUUAUUGUUAGAUAUAAAUUACAUAAUACGUGCUUCAAUUUCAAAUUAAAAAUAAAAAUGAAACAUAAUAAUUUACCUAUCCUAUUGGUGGAAUCUAAAGGACCUGUUUACGAAGAAGAAUGUUACUGUCCAAAUUCUUCUAUUAAUAGUUGGUUAGAAAAUUUAGGAUGUUCAAAAAGUUAUAAACAAAUGCAAGAUGAUCUUGCUCCUUUUCCAAAUGUUGACUUUGACAAAAUGCGUGAAAGUAUUGUAAAAACAUACGAUCGGCCAGGAAGCGUUAGUCUAUGUCACUAUGUAAUUCAGUCUAACAAAAUUUUUAGGGAAUGUCAUGGCCGCUAUGUAGGUUUUAAGAUAUUUAUGGAUUCUAUCCUCCUAUCUCUUACUCGCAAAGUUUUAUUGCCAGAUAUUGAAUUCUUUGUGAAUUUGGGAGAUUGGCCACUUGUUCCAAAAGAGGGCAAAAAUUAUCCUAUCUUUUCUUGGUGUGGCUCUUUUGACACUAAAGAUAUUGUUAUACCUACUUAUGAUAUCACAGAAUCAUCGUUAGAAGAAAUGGGAAGGGUAAUGUUAGAUAUGCUGUCUAUACAAGGUAAUACGGAUACACCAUGGAAUGAAAAGAUAGAAAAAGUAUUUUGGCGUGGUCGAGAUUCCUGUAGAGAACGACUCAAUUUAAUUGAUAUUUCCAGAAAAUAUCCUGAUUUGUUUAAUGUUGCAAUUACAAAUUUCUUUUUUUUUAAAGAUGAAAUGGAUAAAUAUGGUCCAGAACAAAGCCAUGUGUCUUUCUUUCAUUUUUUCAAGUACAAAUAUCAGUUAUGUAUAGAUGGUACAGUCGCAGCUUAUCGACUUCCAUAUUUACUUGCUGGCGAUGCCUUAUUAUUAAAACAAGAAUCAAAGUAUUAUGAAUUUUUUUACAAUAAUCUUGUACCCGGAAAACAUUAUAUAUCUGUUAAAAGGGAUCUGUCAGAUCUUGUUGAAAAAAUUAUGUGGGCUAAAGAACAUGACCAAAAAGUACUACAGAUUGCCAAAUCUGCUAGACAAUUUGCAAGGGAUAAUUUGUUACCAGAUAAUGUAUUAUGCUAUCAUGUAGUUUUGUUUCAUGAAUGGAGUAAACGCUUAAAGAGUAAAGUUAAAGUAUUAGAUAACAUGGAAGAAGUGCUGCAACCCAAGCAUUCUUGUAAAUGUUACAACGCCGAUGGAAAACUUAAAGAGGAGCUAUAAUGUUAAUUAAAUUAUUAAGUAAUACGAUUACUCGAUUUUGCUACUCGAUGCAUAAAUAACAUGUAAACUUUUGUAUGAGUCUUGUAAAUGAGAAUCGUUGUUUUACAGUAAAUUAUAAGAUAAGGACAACGAUAAAUUUCAAAAUACUCAAAUUAUUAUAAUGAUAAAAAAUGUCCACUUCUUUUAUUUCCAAAAUUUGAAAAUAUAUCUUUUUACGAGAUUA